AUGCGUCUCCUUGCUACUCUCCUUCUUCUUGCCACCACCACCCAUGCCUCAGUGCUCGAUGCAUUCCGCGCCAACGGAAUCGAGUUUGAGGUCUAUGGCGAAGGACGUCUGAUUCCGGAGAAACAAAACUGCGUUCCAUAUACUCUGGAUCUCAACGAAUUCAUCAAUUCCUUCAACACCAACAACAUGAACGAGUAUAGCCGUGAUCUUCUCCAAAAACGAAUUUUCACCUCGUUCGACGCCAUCUGCCGCAAGUUUCAUAUCCAGGUGACCAGCAAGCCGCCAGUCUACAAUUUGACCGAGGAUAGAACCCAAAUGAGAUAUUUGGACUAUUUCGACUAUAACUGGAACUCGUUGCGAUUCGAGAGAGACUUGAAGUCGUUGUUCUUGGAGCACAAAAUCAACAAUCCGUUCCUUGACACUGUAUCCCAGGAGGCCAUCAAGCGAGCUGGAGCCACCGAUGUGUUGGAUUUCUCUCAAAAGACUACGGUAUUCCCAAAGAUGUGCAAUGUUAAGCAGAUGACUGUGGACACGAUGAUUUGCUUCAACAUUUCCGAUAUUCCACAGUCUGGAACUAUUUAUGCCCUCGCCCACGGAGGAGAAUUCUUGCACAACGAGGAGGUCUACGCCUACUACGACAUUCCACAUUUCGCCCUCAUCACUCAACAAGCCGUCAUUCCGAUCGAGUUGGAGAAGUGCAAAGUUUUGUUCGGCACCUACAUCUACUGCUUCGAAGAGUUCGACACCCAAUGCGACGUUCGCACCCUCUCCGACUGCCCAAUCUACGCCUACAAGACCGACGACGACUUUGUGUUCCGCAGAAACUUUGGCAUCGGAUACAUCUACGCGACCACCGAGUCCGAAGUGGACCUCUACCAAAACGGAACCCGUCAAGUCGUCCCAGGUCGUGUCUUCGUUCUCAGAACCAACUACGAGACCCCAGAGAAUGGAGUGCCAGUGAUAAUCCCAGAGAUGACUCCACAUCAGGAAUCCGAGAAGAGCCUAUUCGCCGAGCUGUUGCCAGAGUCCCAGAAAAUCCUCAAGUCUGGAACACCGACUCGUUUGUACACAACACAAAGACGUGGCGUCAACUUCCUCAGCCAUAAGCAUUUUGACCAAGGUGCCUGGGAAACGGUCCGCGACUUCUUUGGAUUCUAA